CCUAAAGGUUUGAUAGAACAACAUCAUCAGCCAUGUCAUCACCAGAGUCAGGCCAUAAGUCCCCCGAGGAUAGCCUCUCUCCCCUGAGCCCCCUGCCCCCAGAGUCGGACAUCCCCGACACCCAGAACUCCAACAUCCAGGCUAUCGUACUCUCCGUCUGGGACAACAUACUCGGACCCAGAACGCAACACGUGUGGCGUACGCAGUGCCAGGAACCGCUACCCUCCGGUAUCGUACCGUACAUCUCCAACCACACGCUGUCCGGCGAGAUCUGUCGUUGCGGCGAAGAAGAAACCGCGGGAACAGUAGACUCGAAAUUCUACAUCCUCCCAGACAAGAACAUCAUCUCCAGUUCUUUUAUCUUUACCGGAAGGGCGAAGGCGGGAAGGAGUGUGUACGCGUUGUCCGUUAUAUUGCCAUCUUCCAAGUUGAAAGCGUACCUUCCGUGGCAUGACCUAUGUGAAGCCAGGCUGACUAAGAUCAUCAUGCAACUUCAGCUUAACCUAGAAAAAAAUCUGAGUGAUGGUGACGUUCUAACGUGCCUGUCCGCCAGUCUACGACAGUUCGUCCAGCUCAUCUUGUCUCUACAGAGGGACUCUCUCAACCCUUCUAUGGAUUUAUCCGAGUCUGUGUUUGCAUCAGGCAAAGAAAGGAUGGUAGAGGAGGGUUUCCUUAGAAGGGCCAUCAUAUCCCAUCUCCAAACACUGGGCUGCUCAGUGGUGUAUGGCAAGUCUGACAAAAUCAUCAACAAGGUGAUCCACACCCUUGCGGCUUUCCUGAGUCCCACAGAAAGACAGAGAUCCCGUGUCUGUGUAAAAAGUGCAACUCCACACCAGUAUGAAGCUGAUCUCUUUCUACAAGGAAUCAUAGAGGACAAGAAAAGUGCUGGACUGGACCUGCCCAUGUUUGAUGUGUUAACCAGUCGCUACCCGACCUCCCUAAUUAACCUCACUAACGCUGAGGUUCGACAGACGCCGCCAUUUCACGUACAUUCCGCCCAACGCCACGAGAUCCUCACGUUACAGAUGUACACAGAUGGCGAGGAGAAUCCGCUGCCAGACAUGAGUGUAUUUGAGCUUGUGGAUACAGAUGAGUCCUUUGUUCAAACAUUUCUGGCAGAGGUGUUCCAGCUCCACCCAUCCUGUGGCGUACGUGAGGCGUACAUCGAGAACUUCUGUCGUAUGUUGGAGCGAAAGGCCCUCGCCCUCAUCAAGUACCUGGAAACAGAGACGGAGAGAGGGCAGCAGCCUCUGAAGAUUUCCAGUCUGAAGAGGAUCAGGAACGACCUGUCACUCAAACUGGAGGGCGACUUCUGUACGGUCCUCGCCGUGGCCGAGAAAAUGAAGGCCGGAGUCUACAACUUCUGGUACCACUCAGCUAUGCACAGUACCGAACAACUCAGAGACACUCUUGUCAGUCUAUGAAGCAGGCAUCAUAAUUGUUUUCAUUAUAAAUUAUCCUUAUCCAACACAAAGACAAAUGGUUACUAUGAAUUUUCAAUCUUGUGAACCUUCAGUCAGAUGUCGGAUUCACUGCGCUGACUUUAUCCAAGAGUGUGUGAUGAUGUCAAGAGUGAAUCAAAAGUGGCAGGAACUUGGAAUCUACCACUGUUACGGUUCAUCACACUGCCUCUUUCCGAAAGGUCAGAGCACUGAAGAGACUUCUGUACGGUCCUAGCCGUGGCCAAGAAAAUGAAGGCCAGAGUCUACAACUACUGGUACCACUCAGCAAUGCGCAGUACGGAUCAACUCAGAGACACUCUUGUCAGUCUAUAAAGCUGGCAUUAUAAAUGUUUCACUUUUUUUAUCCAACACAAAGACAAAUGCUCACAGUCACGAUAGAUUUUUAUCAAUCUCGCCAACUUUUCUAAGAUUUCUGAUUCACUGCGCUGACUUUCCCUGAGUGUGUGAUGAUGUCAAGAGUGAAUCAAAAGUGGUGAGAAGACGCAAUCUACCACUGUCACUGUUCCUCACACUUAUCAUUUCUGAAAAUUCAGAGCACUGAAGUGACUUCUGUACAGUCCUGGCAGUGGCAGUAAGAAAAACAACAAACAGACAGGAGUCUACAACUUCUGGUACCACUCAGCCAUGCACAGUACGGAACAACUCAGAGACACUCUUGUCAGUCUAUAAAACUGGCAACAUAAUUAUUGUACAGUUUCAGCUUUAUUUCAAAGGAAAGAAAAAUGCUCACCAUGAAUUUUGUCAUCCUUCAGUCAGAUGUCGGAUUCACUGUGCUGACUUUUUCCAAGAGUGUGUGAUGAUGUCAGGAGUGAACCAGAAGUGGCGGGAACUUGGAAUCUAUCAGUGUCAUGGUUCAUCACAAUUCCUAUUUCCGAAAGGUCAGAGCAUUGAAUCAACAUUUUUUUUUUACAGUCCUGCCAGUGGCAAAGAAAACAAAAUCAGGAGUCUACAACUUCUUAUACCACUCAGCCAUUCACAGUACAGAGCAACUCAAAGACACUCUUUGUCAGUCUAUAAAGCCGGCAUCAUAAUUGUAAUGUUUCAGCUUUAUUCCUAUGAUGUAGGGAAGAAGCGAUGUAUGUUUGGCGCCGGAACUGCUGGGGCGUUUCUGUCAAAAUCUUCCAUGGAGCAUAACAGAACAUAGGAACACAAUGGAUUUCCAUUAGAUUUAGUAUCAAGUAUCUUUUGCAGAAAUGUAUACAAUAAAAUGCAAUUUAUGAAAA